AUGACCGAUGAGCAGUCAUACCACCUGAACAAACCAAUGCAGGCCAAACUCCACUUUGUGUGCAGACCCACACCCAACAACUACCAGCAGUUCAUGGCUUUGGUGUUUGCAGUGACAGAGAUCAACAAGGAUCUGGUUCUCCUCCCCAACAUCACCUUGGGCUUCAACAUGUAUGACAAUGCCAAUUGGAACAAGAGAGUUUACUUGAUCAGCCUCUUUCUCCUCUCCACACGUGACCAAAUGGUUCCAGGCUACAAAUGUGACCAGCGGGACACUCUCUUCUCUGUCAUUGGAGGUGACAACCCCCAAUUCUCAAUGCCGAUGGCCUCCAUCUUCAGCAUCCUCAAGGUCCCACAGCUCAGUAUUGGCUUUGAGUUCAUUCAGGGAGACCAAAGAGUUUAUCCUUCCUCCUUCCGGAUUAAUCCCAAGGAAUUUCCUCAAUAUGUCGGUUUAGUCCGGAUGCUCCUAUAUUUCCAGUGGAACUGGGUUGGGCUUAUUGUCUCUGAAAAUGAGAAUGGGGAACGUUUCCUCUCAACUCUGAGGCCCAUGCUCAUGGAGAAGGAGAUCUGUCUGGCUUUCACUCAAAUGAAGGGGCCCUUUGCCAGGUGUGGCCUGAAGAGGUGUAAGGCAGGAGAGAGGAAAAGUGUCCCAGAGGGCGAGCAGGUUUGCUGCUAUCUAUGUACCCCUUGUCCAGAUAGUAGCAUUUCUGACCUGACAGAUGCAGCUGAAUGUGAUCCUUGCCCAGAAGACCGAUACCCCAACAAGGACAAGGUCCACUGCAUUGCCAAGAAGAUCCACUUCCUUGCCUAUCAAGACACCCUGGGCUAUGUUUUAGCUUCUUUAGUGUUCGUUUUCAGACCCACACCUAACAACUACCAGCUGUUCAUGGCCCUGGUGUUUGCAGUGAGAGAGAUCAACAAGGAUCUGGUUCUCCUCCCCAACAUCACCCUGGGCUUCAACAUGUAUGACAAUGCCAAUUGGAACAAGAGAGUUUCUUUGAUCAGCCUCUUUCUGCUCUCCACACGUGACCAAAUGGUUCCAGGCUAUAAAUGUGACCAGCGGGACACUCUCUUCUCUGUCAUUGGAGGUGACAACCCCAAAUUCUCAAUGCCGAUGGCCUCCAUCUUCAGCAUCCUCAAGGUCCCACAGCUCAGUAUUGGCUUUGAGUUCAUUCAGGGAGACCGAAGAGUUUAUCCUUCCUCCUUCCGGAUUAAUCCCAAGGAUUUUCCUCAAUUUCUGGGUUUAGUCCGGAUGCUCCUGUAUUUCCAGUGGAACUGGGUUGGGCUUAUUGUCUCUGAAAAUGAGAACGGAGAACGUUUCCUCUCAACUCUGAGGCCCAUGCUCAUGGAGAAGGAGAUCUGCCUGGCUUUCACUCAAAUGCUUCUUCCUUACUUGAUGAAUGUCCAGUUCAACAAUGGUGUUGGAGAGGAAGUCUCCUUCUCAGAAAAAGGACUGGGAUCUGCUUGUUAUGACCUUCUCAAUUGGGUUCGCCUUCCCAAUCGAUCAAUUGUCCUUCUGAGAGUUGGGCAAAUAAAUCCUGGGGCUCCCCCAGGUCAGGAUGUCACCAUUCACUCUGGUGCAAUUGUCUGGCCUACAAAGAAGGUGCCAUUUGCCAGGUGUGGCAUGAAGAGGUGCCAGGCAGGAGAGAGGAAAAGUGUCCCAGAGGGUGAACAGGUUUGCUGCUACCUAUGUACCCCUUGUUCAGAUGGGAGCAUUUCUGAUCUGACAGAUGCAGCCCAAUGUGAUCCUUGCCCGGAAGAUCAAUACCCCAACAAGGAUAAGGUCUACUGCAUUGACAAGAAGAUCCACUUCCUUGCCUAUCAAGACCCCCUGGGAUAUGCUUUAACUUCUUUAGCUCUUUUCUUUUCUCUGAUCACAACUGCUAUCCUGGUGAUUUUCCAUAAGCAUCAUGACACACCAAUUGUCAAGGCCAACAACCGAGAUCUCAGCUACAUCCUCCUGGUCUCCCUCCUGCUCUGCUUCCUCUGCUCCUUCCUCUUCAUCGGUCAACCCAGGAAGCUCACCUGUCUCUUCCAACAAUCAGCAUUUGCCAUCCUCUUUUCUCUUGCAGUUUCUGCUGUUUUGGCAAAAACUGUCAUGGUGGUUUUGGCCUUCAUGGCCACCAAGCCAGGGAACAGGACAAGGAACCUCUUAGGAAAACCACUGACCUACUCCAUUGUCUUAGGCUGUCCCCUGAUCCAAGCAGUUUUGUGUGUCAUGUGGCUGGCAACUUCUCCCCCAUUUCUCAACAUGGAUUUCCAUUCCUUGGUCAGAGAGACCAUCAUAGAAUGUAAGGAAGGUUCAAUUUCAAUGUUUUAUGCUGUCCUUGCCUAUCUGGGUUUUCUGGCCCUUAUGAGUUUCACAGUAGCCUUUAUGGCCAGGAAAUUGCCUGACAGCUUCAACGAAGCGAAGUUCAUUACUUUCAGCAUGCUGGUUUUCUGCAGUGUUUGGAUCAGCUUCCUCCCCACCUACCUGAGCACCAAAGGGAAGUCCAUGGUGGCUGUGGAGAUCUUCUCCAUCUUGGCCUCUGGGGCUGGUCUCUUGGCUUGUAUCUUUUUCCCCAAAUGCUUCAUUAUCCUAUUGAGGCCCCAUCUGAAUUGUAAAGAGACUAUCAUGAGGCAGAAGAAUUGCUGAUUUAGCUGGAGAUUGGGCACUGUGAUUUUGGGAUAUUUUUGUAUUCAAUCUGAUUUCUAAAAUAAAUCAUGAA